AUGUCACUCUUUAAAUCAAUAUCAUCAAUUUCAAAAGUUAACACUACAUCUGCUAACAGUACCGUAACGUCAUCCCAAUUAAAUAACCAAUCAUUUGGUGAAAACAAAAUUUCUGCUGAUCUUGUUACUGGUCUUGUCAGUGGAUUAUUAUUUGGUCUUGCAAAUGUAACACAAGGUUUGGGUCUUUAA